GCUGAUGGAUUCACCGAACCAAGCAGCUCCUUCAGCAGAGGUUGCCAAAAUGCGGACAGAGUUUGUGGAAAGGGUGAAUGAAGAAAUCCUUAAACAGCUCCUUGAUGCCCUUGUACCAGACAAAGUUUUGAAUGAAUUGGAGAAAGAGUGGAUACUGCAGGACAACCCAACCAGAGCAGAUAAAGCACGCUGCUUCAUUGACACUGUGAAGAAAAAAGGAGAUGAAGCCUCCAGGAUAAUGAUGCGUCGUCUUCAAACCAUAGAUCCUACACUUUUCUGUCAGCUGGGUUUGCCCUCCGGGCCAUCUGCUCAGUUAGGGGCAUGUGAUAUGUGUCAACAAGAACUUAAAUCUGCUCUGAAGAAGAAGUUGCAGUGUGUGUUUGAGGGGAUCGCUAAAGCAGGAAACCCAACCCUUCUGAAUCAGAUCUACACAGAGCUCUACAUCACAGAGGGAGGGACUGCAGAGGUCAAUGAUGAACAUGAGGUCAGACAGAUUGAAACAGCAUCCAGGAAACGACACAGACCAGAAACAACAAUCAGACAAGAAGACAUCUUUAAAGGGUCGUCUGGAAGAGAUGAACCAAUCAGAAGAGUGCUGACAAUGGGAGGGGCUGGCUUUGGAAAAACAGUCUUAACACAGAAGUUCACUCUGGACUGGGCUGAAGACAAAGCCAACCAGGACAUCCAGUUCAUGUUUCCAUUCACUUUCAGAGAGCUGAAUGUGCUGAAAGAUGAAAAGUUCAGCUUGGUGGAACUUGUUCAUCACUUCUUUACUGAAACCAAAGAAGCAGGAAUCUGCAGCUUUGAAGACUUCCAGGUUGUGUUCAUCUUUGAUGGUCUGGAUGAGUGUCGAUUUCCUCUGGACUUCCACAAAACUACAAUCCUGACUGACCCUAGAAAGUCCACCUCAGUGGAUGUGUUGCUGACAAACCUCAUCAGGGGAAAGCUGCUUCCCUCUGCUCGCCUCUGGAUAACCACACGACCUGCAGCAGCCAAUCAGAUCCCUCCUAACUGUGUUGACAUGGUGACAGAGGUCAGAGGGUUCACUGACUCACAGAAGGAGGAGUACUUCAGGACGAGAUUCAGGGAUAAGAAGCAGGCCAGUAGGAUCAUCUCCCACAUCAAGACAUCACGAAGCCUCCACAUCAUGUGCCACAUCCCAGUCUUCUGCUGGAUCACUGCUACAGUUCUUGACAACAUGCUGAAAACCACAAAAGUGAGAAAGCUGCCCAAGACCCUGACUGAAAUGUACAUCCACUUCCUGGUGGUUCAGGCCAAAGUGAAGAAGGUCAAGUAUGAUGGAGGAGCUGAGACAGAUCCACACUGGAGUCCAGAGAGCAGGAAGAUGAUUGAGUCUCUGGGAAAACUGGCUUUUGAGGAGCUGCAGAAAGGAAACCUGAUCUUCUAUGAAUCAGACCUGACAGAGUGUGGCAUCGAUAUCAGAGCAGCCUCAGUGUACUCAGGAGUGUUGACACAGAUCUUUAAAGAGGAGAGCGGGCUGUACCAGGACAAGGUGUUCUGCUUCAUCCAUCUGAGUGUUCAGGAGUUUCUGGCUGCUCUUCAUGUCCAUCUGACCUUCAUCAACUCUGGAGUCAAUCUGCUGGAAGAACAACAAACAUCCUCCCAGACAGAGCAACACCUCUACCAGAGUGCUGUGAACAAGGCCUUACAGAGUCCAAAUGGACACCUGGACUUGUUCCUCCGCUUCCUCCUGGGUCUUUCACUGCAGACCAAUCAGAGUCUCCUACGAGGUCUUCUGACACAGACAGGAAGUAGCUCACAGACCAAUCAGGAAACAGUCCAGUACAUCAAGGAGAAGCUCAAUGAGAAUCUGUCUGCAGAGAAAAGCAUCAACCUGUUCCACUGUCUGAAUGAACUGCAUGAUCGUUCUCUAGUGGAGGAGAUCCAACAGUCCCUGAGAUCAGGAAGUCUCUCCACAGAUAAACUGUCUCCUGCUCAGUGGUCAGCUCUGGUCUUCAUCUUACUGUCAUCAGAAGAAGAUCUGGAUGUGUUUGACCUGAAGAAAUACUCUGCUUCAGAGGAGGCUCUGCAGUCGCUGCUGCCAGUAGUCAAAGCCUCCAACAAAGCUCUAUUGAGUGUCUGUAACCUCUCAGAGAGAAGCUGUAAAGCUCUGUCCUCAGUUCUCAGCUCCCGAUCCUCUAGUCUGAGAGAGCUGGACCUGAGUAACAAUGACCUGCAGGAUUCAGGAGUGAAGCUUCUGUCUUCUGGAUUGAAGAGUCUGCAAUGUAAACUCAGUACUCUACGACUGAGUGUCUGUAACCUCUCAAAGAGAAGCUGCGAAGUCCUGUCGUCAGUUCUCAGCUCCCGGUCCUCUAAUCUGAGGGAGCUGGACCUGAGUAACAAUGACCUGCAGGAUUCAGGUGUGAAGCUCCUGUCUUCUGGACUGAAGAGUCAACACUGUAAACUCAACACUCUAAGGGCGGAGCCUGCUGGAGUCCGAUGGCUGAUCCCAGGUCUGAGGAAGUAUUCCUGUCAACUCACAAUCAACACAAACACAGUGAACACAAACCUCAAACUGUCUGACAACAACAGGAAGGUGACACAUGUGAUGAAGGAUCAGUCAUAUCCUGAUCAUCCAGACAGAUUUGAUCAGUGUCCUCAGCUGCUGUGUAGAGAUGGUCUGACUGGUCGCUGUUACUGGGAGGUCGAGUGGAGCGGAGACAUUGAAAUAUCAGUGAGUUACAGAAGGAUCAGCAGGAAAGGCCAUGUAACAGAAUGUGGGUUUGGCUCAAAUGAUCAGUCCUGGAGUCUGAGGUGUUCUUAUAUCAAUGGUUUCUCUGUCUGGCACAAUAACAGACAAAUGUCCAUUUCCUCCUCCUCUGUCUCUAACAGAGUAGCAGUGUAUGUGGACUGUCCUGCUGACACUCUGUCCUUCUACAGAGUCUCCUCUGACACUCUGAUCCACCUCCACACCUUCAACACCACAUUCACUGAACCUCUUUAUCCUGGGUUGAGGUUAAGGUCCAACCCUGCUUCCUCUGUUUCUCUGUGCUGA